AUGAUGAAGAGUAAUUCCUUGGUUUCAGGGGAACUAUGUGGAGAUGUGGUGUUUGUGCUGCAAACAUCGUGCAACCUCGAUGCAUUGAUAAUAGACAAUGCUCAGGCAUUCAUGACUAGUAUUGCCAUGGAAUUGUCGGAUCAUCAAAAAUCAACCAUGUCUCUUAUAACGUACAGUGAUAAUGCUGCAGAGGUAAUUACUCCGAGAAGUCCUGCAAAAUUUCAGAAGACAUUGUCAAAUGAUGGUAUAAAAAGGGAAGGUGAUUGUCCAAAUGAUAUGAAGGCAAUGACAGCAAAUGCACUUCAACUCGUCAGUCAAACUAGUGAUAAGACAGUCGUUGAUAAGCUAGUCGUUGUUCUCAAUGACGGCAUCUCCUUUGAUCGGAAAUCAAACAUGGACGCAACUUUGGAACAGACAAAACAAGAAAUCAACAAAUUAAAGGCCAAUGGUGCGAAAUUCGCUACAUUCAACUUCUAUGAAGAUAUCAAAGAAAACAAUGAUGACAAAAAUCUUCAAUUAGAAUAUGAACUUUACGAUCCAAUAUUAGAGAUGAACUUCGGCGCAGACUAUAGGGAUCAGUUUGUCAAAAAAUUAUUCGGUAUGGAUGGAUUUCUUUGCGCAAUGUCUGAUGAGCCGCCAGCCAACCUACCACCCUGCGUUGUUCCGUCAUUGGAUCUUAUGUAUGUGAUUGAUCGAUCCGUGUCCAUCUCGCCAGAGAAUAUCGAGAAAGUGAAACAAUUCUUGAUAGAUCUGAGUAAAAGGAUAAAAGAAGAAUCUCCAGACACAUCGAUUGGGGCCAUUUCUUACAACAGACAUUCUUUUACUGAAUUGAAUUUUACAAAAGAUUUAGCUACUAUAGAAAAAGCACUGAGAGACAUUUCAAACACUACUCGUAAAGGGACCUACACCGAUGAAGCAUUGGAAAAGGCUCGGUUGGUAUUAGAGGGACUCGUAGACAACGGCAAUCAGCAACAUCAUACAAAGUUGAUUAUACUAAUUACUGAUGGAGUGACUAACCACUAUCCAUUUUUAAGCAAAACAGAUACAAGUGCAGCGGCGCAAACCAGAGAUACAAAGUUUACAAUCAAUAAAGCUAAGCUACUUGCACCGGAUAUAGAUUUGAUGAUAUUAGGAUUACCUAACAUUAGGAGUUUGAAAAAGAAUGACACGAUGGCCGAAGCAAAGUUUAAUGCCAGUAGAGGUGAAUGGAACGGCGCGAUCGAAGCAAGGUAUGGGGACGAGAAUAGGCUUGUGACCAAUUUAUUCACUUUGGAAAAAAUGGAAGGGAUGGCCGAUAGAUUUGAAGGAAUCCUGGAUUCAAUGUGCCGCAGCAGCAAUACAGUCUAAUAGCUUGUAUUUUAUGUGAAAAUAAAAUAGACAGCAUAGCUCAAAUAUUUGGCUUGAUAUCUUCUUUGACAUACCUAUUUUCUUAAAAUGUAUGGAUAAACUAUCAAUUUCAGCAUUAAGAAGUGUAAAUUCAGUUCAA